AUGGAGCAGUUCAAAGGUGGAACUUGGACUUCAUCGGCAGCAGUUGAUUAUACUACCAGCUGGACGAUUGCCUGUGUUGUCCCAGUCGCAUCAGCCCAAAUUGUAGCAGCUUUUAUAUACGAGGAAAUAGUAAUGCGUUUUGGGUGCCCAGCCGAGAUACUGAGAGAUCGUGGAGCCAAUUUUACCAGAAAACGUAUGGACGCUUAUCUCAUUCGUACCAAGUCAAAUCAUCGACCAACCUUUGCAUUCACCCACGCACAAAUGGUAAAUUUAAGUGCCUAA